CUGUCAGCCAGGCUCUUAUCAACUGCAACUUCAUCAAUGCUUUUCAGCAUGACCACACCCAACUACACCCGCAUGAGUUGGCUUGACUUCGACAAUGCUUCAACACUCUUCGAACCGAGUCUCCUCGCAGAACCAGUCCCAUUCGACGCGCACGCGCAAAUGCUGUUUCAGACUCGCCACCACCGUUGCUCUCGAAUAUCUGGCGGCUUCUGCAUGCCGGUAGUGUUUGCAUGUCACGGAUACUUUGGGGUCUUCGGACCUGGUGAUAAGCGGUCAAUUUGGCGAUGGUACAACCUGAGCGUCCCUCGUCCGCGAAAGCGAUGCCCAAACGUAGUCUAACAUCGUUGAUGGAGCAACACCCGAGCGGGAUGGUCCCCGGGCGCCUUUGGCCUUAUCCCUUGCACACUCCAGAAGGCGGCUUGUAUGAGCUUAGAUCAAACUGGAAUGUAGGCAGUAUCCGUAGCAAACGCAGCACUACCGGUGGGGUCCGGACUGGAUGGUGGCUGCUGAGCCUGAUUGAUGGAUGGUGGCUGCUUAGUCUGAUUGAUGGAGGGUCGAACACGAACAAGUCAGGUCGAACACGAACAAGUCAGGUCGAACACGAACAAUUCAGGUCGAAUACGAACAAGUCUGGGCUACAAAGGUGUUGGUUGCUGGUCUUCAGGAUGUCAAGGGUGUUGGUCUUUAGGAUUUCUUCAUGGUUAUUGGUUUUUGGUGGUCAAGGAUGUUUUCGAGGUUGUUGGGUGGAGCUCGAGGUCACUGGAAGGUGGUUGUGUGCUGGGAGUGUCAAUGGGCUUGAUCAUCGUCAAAUUACAAGCCUUCAGCCUCUGGGUCACCUGUCAACAUUGCUGCUGCUUCUCUUGCAACUUGUGAUGAAGUUCCAUCUCUAUCCACUCUUCCCUUCUCUUUCGAGCUUUGUGUGAUGGUGUAGCUGUGCACAGACGCGAAGGACAUGACAGGCUGGCGAAGACGAUCUCCCCUCUACUACAACCCCAG